UUGAGAAGGGGGCUGUAUUGGGGCUUGAACGUGGGAACUCGAGAAUACCAGCAAGUGUGCUGGAUCUUCCAGAGCAAGAAGUUAAAACAGCUCAAUUCUCCAAAAACAAAUUCAGAUGAGAGUAUAAUAAAAUGUGAGGCUGGAUGAACACAGCAGGCCAAGCAGCCCCCAUUAUCUCAGAUGAGAGUAGCCGCGAUUCUCAUUGUUAACGGGAUAAGGGUUGCCGUAGGCACUCAGGACAAAUAGGAAAGUGAAAGAGGGCGAUAGGACCUGUGCGAGACGGUAGGAAGGGCUCGAGGGCUGCGUUCGAAAGAAGACAUGUCUGGUGGAGUGAGCAAAGUACAGAGUCAGCAUGGGAGGUGGACAGUGUCAAGCAGUGAUGAUGAAGAUGCUGAGCCUGCCCAGGCAACAGGAAGGCCCCUCCCACUCUCACUCUCUGUCAGGAAAGACUGUGUGUCAGACUCAGAUGAGACAGUGGUGGAUGAGGGAGAGUUGGAGGCGCCUCACUCUGGCCAGGGGAAUGCUGCUUCCAGCAGUGGAGCUUCAGAAUUCACUCAUUCCAGGCUACAAACAUCCACGGCUGGCAAAACAAGGCAGGAAUGUUCUGUGACCCCUGCCCAGCGCCCCUCCCCUGCCCUCAAACGGUCCAGACCAUCAUCCGAAUCAGGCUGGGGUGUCUCCAGCAGCGACGAGGAGUCUGACGUCAAAGCAAGAGAAUGGCAGAUCAAGGAGGAGCCAGUCGACCAGGUGAGCCCUGGUCAGAGGGAGAAAAAACCACGCCGGGAUGGGACAGACUAUCCUUCUCCCUCAGUCAGUUCAGAAGUGACUUGGCGAUCCAAACUGGAGAGUAGCUCUGAGCCCUUAGACAAGUGGGAUGUGCUGGAAAAAGCCAAGCAUUUCAGCUUUUAUCUGACCAAAGUCUCAGGCAUCCCAGCCAAGUCUAACUGUGGAGCCCUUCAUAUAAAAGAUAUUUUAUCUCCGCUCUUCGGGACGAUUAAGACAUCAGCUCAGUUUAAUUACUGCAUUGACAUUCCUUGGUUGGUUAAGCAAUACCCCGAAGAAUUCAGGUCAAAGCCUUUACUGAUUGUUCAUGGAGAGCAGCGUCAGUCUAAAGCAGAACUGCAUGAGGAUGCACAUCCUUAUCCCAACAUCCGUCUCUGCCAGGCCAAGUUGGAGAUCGCCUACGGGACUCAUCAUACGAAAAUGAUGUUACUCCUGUACGAAGAGGGUUUUCGAGUCGUGAUUCACACAUCUAACUUGAUUCAUGAUGACUGGCAUCAAAAGACACAAGGGAUAUGGCUGAGCCCUCUGUAUCCCCGGUUACCAGAAGGAAGUUCUGAAACAGCGGGUGAAUCCAUGACCAACUUCAAACGCGAUUUGAUUGAUUACCUGGCAGCUUACCGGUCCUCUGGGCUCGGGGAGUGGAUCACUCAUGUCAAGCAGCACGAUUUAUCGGAAACUAGAGUUUAUCUCAUUGGCUCCACUCCUGGCCGUCACCAAGGUAACGAGAAACAAAAAUGGGGUCACUUAAAACUCGGCAAGAUCUUGAGUAACUGUGCAUCACCUGUGGUAAACCAUGAGGCAUGGCCCCUCAUUGGUCAGUUUUCCAGCAUUGGCUCCUUGGGAGCUGACGAAACAAAAUGGCUGUGUUCAGAAUUUAAGGAGAGCCUCACGAUGCUUGGUAAAAGCCAGGUCAGCCGGCAGGUGCCUCUUCAUUUGGUUUAUCCGACCGUUGAGAAUGUCAGAACAAGUUUAGAGGGUUACCCAGCUGGGGGCUCCCUACCGUAUGCCAUUGCGACUGCACAGAAGCAACCCUGGCUGUCUUCAUUCUUGUGUCGAUGGUCCGCUGACAUCACAGGCCGAAGCCGUGCCAUGCCCCACAUCAAAACGUAUAUGAGGGCAUCCCCGGACUUUGGAGAGCUCGCAUGGUUUGUCGUCACAAGUGCUAAUCUGUCGAAGGCUGCCUGGGGAACUCUAGAGAAGAAUGGCUUUCAGCUGAUGAUCCGCUCAUAUGAGCUGGGAGUUCUGUACCUGCCCAAGGCCUUUGGGAUUGAAACUGGCCGAUUUUCAGUGUGCCAACAUCAAUUACCAGACAGUAAGAUGUCAGAGAUGUCGUUCCCUGUCCCGUAUGACCUUCCUCCAGAACACUACGGUAACAGAGAUCGGCCAUGGAUCUGGAACAUUCCAUAUCUACAUGCCCCUGACACCAAUGGAAAUGUCUGGGCCCCUUCCUAACUCCUGGCCUCUUGCUGCCAGGUUUAUGAAUUGUUUCCCAGAGGGAAGGACUGAUGAGCUGCAUUUUGAAAGCAGGCCUGCAGUUUAUAUACCCAUUCGCUGAGUAUUUCGGCAUUUGGUCUUUCUAACAUUGAUCGUACGUGUGUUUUUUUUCGUAGAAUAAAACUUUUCAAUUA